AACUAUUCGAACAGUGCCGGGCUGAGCGUGUGUGCCGAGGGAAGCGUGCUCGCAAGCGCGAGUUGCGAGCGUUAGCGCGGACCAGUGCCGAGGAGGGUGUGCGAGAGCUUGCAGCUCGCAUUUGCGCACGUUUCGUAGGGCCACGUUUCGUCGGUGUUCAGUGCUUUCGUCGAUCCUACAAAAUUGUUCACAAUCGUUCAGCUGCGAUUCUGUGCAUUCUUUCAAAUACACACUUUCUUAAAGUCUAACAAAUUUAAUAUUCACGAAAAUUUCUCACGAUGCUCGGUUUUUGCGGCGCGCAAUGUUCGGGAUUAGAACAGUCGCUGACGAAUCAUUUUUGCUAAACUCGUUGGUGGCUGAAAGAUCGGCGUAUCGAACCUUCCGUUGAACUCGUCGACACAGAUUAUAAAUAAUAUACGAUGACUCUUGUGACGGGCACUGUGCCUUACGCGUGUCCACCGGCCGGUAGAUCGUCUUACGACGCCUAUCGACAUCAUCAGCAUCGUUACUAUCAUCAUCGAUACCACCAUCAUCAUCAUCAUCUUUACUAUCAUCACCACCACCGUCGGCGUCGAGACGUCGUGUACCAACCCAUCGAUUGCUCUUCGAUCGAUUCUCUGCAAGGAUACCUGUCCGAAGGGGUGGUGGACGAAGAGGCUAGAAGUCGCGUCGUAGAAACGACCAAGGACGUUUCUGUGUUAGGGUCCUCAGGUUCACCGGAAUACCACAGGUCGCGAUCGUAUGCGGUGGAUUCGGACUCGGCGUCGUCGUCGGUCGGGUCGUUGGACGCCUCGGCGGAUCUCGAGUCGGGUUCAGUCGACGCCGAGGAAAGCAACGAGGGUAAUGAAUCGAACGAGCCCAACGAACCGAACGAAAGGGGUAACGAGUCGAACGAAAGCGAAUCGAACGAGCACGUGCCUCAUCCUCAUGUGACUUUGGACAACGCCGUCACGGCCCACGGGCCGCGAAGGUGUCUCCUUUGGGCUUGCAAAGCCUGCAAGAAGAAAACGGUGACCGUCGAUCGGAGGAAGGCGGCUACUUUGAGGGAGAGAAGACGUUUGAGAAAGGUGAAUGAGGCUUUUGAGGUUCUGAAACGGAGGACGAGUAACAACCCCAAUCAGCGAUUACCGAAAGUGGAGAUUCUACGGAACGCGAUCGAGUAUAUCGAAAGUUUGGAGGCGUUGCUGCAGAGCAACAGAUCCUUGGUAGGUCAGGAUCACGGUUCGACGGAGAGCAUGUCUGACGCAACCUCUCCGCGAUGCAUGACGGAAAGGCUGAGACAGUUCUCGGACUCUUUGGCAAAGUUUCAACCCAUCAACGGUUUCGAGGGAACGGUGGAUACUCAGUCGUCUCAGUUGACUGGGAGCAGUCUGGAUCGGCUCAGCAUGAUCGUACAGAGUAUCAACGACUCGACGACGACUCACGUGGCCAGUGACACCCUUCGGUAUAAUUCGCAUCAAUGACGACGUCGUAGACGUUGGAUGUUCAAUCGAAGAACCUCCCUCGACGAGUGGAUGAUAGCAAGUUCCUAAAAAAUGCAUCGAUGGACCUACAUUUCCUUCUGUAACCUCGCCGUACGAUUUAAAAUCGAAACAAUAGACAGUUACUGUUAAGUGUAAAAUAAUUAUAUGAGUAAUAGCAUGAAAGAGGUGGUGUUAAUAAAUAAGGGAAUAUGGGAA